AUGAAUUUCUUAUUAUAUGAGGGAAAAGACAGUCUAGAAGAUGUCUUUAACGCAGCUAAGAUUCUUACUGGAGCCAUUCAUCUAGUUAACGACGAAAUGAAAAUUUUGCCGCAAUCCUUUGAUGUAUUUUUUGAUCUUUGUGAACCUGGGUUAAUCUCAGAGUUUCUUGCUGAACUAGUAUACACACAUCCAGACACUCCGGCUCUUGAACCAAUAAUGCAAUUCAUUUUUGAUGAUGAUCAUGUCAAUGAUGAAACGUUAAUGUAUUCAAUUAGAAUCAUGAAAGGUAUUGUAUUCAAGGACCCAUCAAGAAUUGAAUAUUUUAUGCAUAACAAAAAAGUUGGAACUGCAAAUUCCUUUUUAAAGGAUCUUCUUGAUAAUAUGGGCGAUUCUGAUGAAUUUUCAUCGGAGUUUAUGGAGAUUUUUAGCGAAUGUCUGAUCAAACAAUGCAAUCAUGUUGACGAAUUAAUUGGACUUUUAUUUGAAUAUAAGUUCAUUGAGUUUGCGUUUGAACUGUUAAGCCAAGAUUAUGUUCUUGAUGAUCGAAAGUGCAUAGUUGCUCAGUUUCUCGUAAGUUGCUUUCAAAACAGUUCAUUACAUGAUGAGGUAAUAAAACAUAUCAGACAAGGAAUAUAUAUUAAUCUAUGUCAAUAUCUUAGUUCUUGUCCAUCAAUUCUUAAAGAACCACUUCUCAUGAUAAUUUCACAUGUUAUCAAAAACGAUGGAUAUUUAGCAAUAAGAUAUUCGGUCGAAAACAACAUACUUGAAAAUCUUGAAGAUUUGAUUAAAGUAUGUCCAUCAGUAACAAUAACAUGUCUCGAAUCAAUUUUUCAAUAUUCUGCUGAAGGAUUUUUCAGAGAUGAAAUUAAAUUAUGCUAUUAUGAUUAA